AUGCAACCACGACGAUCUGAGGGCCUGAAAACGGCAAUCGCUUUUUGCUGCCUGAUGCUUUCGGCUUUUCUUAACUUCUUCCUUCUCACCGUCAUUCAUGACGUCGUUCCGCGUCAACCGCUUCCUGAUCUCACGUUCAUGAUCAUUCCACAACAAAAAUGGGCUUGGUCAGUAGGCGACGUGUUAUCCACUGUUAGCUCUGUUAUGGCGUUUACAGUCGUACUUCUCCAUCACGAACGAUGGGUCGUGCUACGUCGAAUGUUUCUUCUCGGUGCGAUUAUGUACGGGUUGCGAGCUGUGGUUUUGGGAGUUACUUUCCUUCCUCCAUCGUUCCAUGAUCGGGAUGAGAUUUGUCUCUCGCAAGUAAACCGCUCGGCUAUGUAUGGUAUGGAAAUUGCAACCAGAUUCUUGACCUACGUCGUCACCUUGGGCCUCACAUCUGGCCAGGAAAAAAUUCUUUGUGGUGAUUUGAUGUUUAGCGGACAUACCGUCGUGCUUACUAUCAUGUACUUUGUACAGCUACAGUAUACCCCAAAGGGUUUGGUCUGGAUAAGAUACUUAGCAGCCCCCAUAACUUUUCUCGGAAUAAGUGCGUUAGUUGUUUCUGGAGGUCAUUAUACAAUGGAUGUACUCAUUGCAUAUUGGCUAACAAGUCAUGUGUUUUGGGCUUACCACCAGAUGUUCGAGAUGCCAAAAAAAGACAGACCGGAUGCGCCAAUGAGUAGGCUCUGGUGGUUUUGGCUAUGUUAUUGGUUUGAAUCAGAUGUUGGAGAGGGACGAUUAGAAAAUCGCUGGAAUUGGCCAUUUGAAGGGCCUCGGGUAAUGCAUGACUUGAUGCGGCGAGUGAACAGAAUCCUGGAGUAA